UUAUCGCUCUCAGUUUUUUCUGAUCUAUAGUGAUCUCUAGUGGAUCCAAGGUUUCUUUGAUUCUACUGUAUCAUAUGCAAUUGAUUAGGCUUUUUAUCUGCAAUUUUGUUCAAGGUGUCUUACCUGUAUCACGUUUCUUUAUUCAGCAUAUAGAUCUAUAUGUUGAUGGAUCAUCUUAUAUAAGAUAACAUGAUUAAUUUCGUAUGCAAUUCUUUGAGGAUGAUGAGAGCAGGAAGAAGAUUUCAGGCGAUUCGAGGAGUUGCUGAGAGAGAUCAUUGACGGCGGGAAGAAUGAGGAGGAAGGAAAGGAGGGGGACAACGGCGACGACAACAACAAGGAGCUGAGAAUUGGGAUCAAGGACUGGUGGACUAAAAGCAAGUAUGCUUAUCUAAAUCAACCAGCCAUCAAAUCCAUUGAUGAUCAUGCGAAGAAUGGGAGCAACGCGUACCUUCCACAAAAGUCUUGUUUCAUUUUCAACUCCCCUGCUCUCUAUGGAAAUUGCACUGCAUACUUUGGUGUUUUCUGAGUAUCAAUGUGGUGCCUUUAUUUAUGUAAUUGGUGAAUUUACUUAAAUUUGUGUGGAAAAAGUGAUAUCUCAUAUAUAUAAAAUAAAAUUUCGAUUGGGCGGCUACGAUUUCUCAAAAUACUUUGAAGCAUUCCGAAACUUCUAUUUUAUUUUAUUAUUAUAACAAAGAAAAGCUAACUGCUAUGCGCUAAUAAACUAAAAGGAAUCUAUUUGGAAUCGAAACUGAUAAAUUAUUAAAUUUCAUAAACCACUGAUAUUUUAAAAAUGACAGGGAAAUUAGAUAGCUGCAGACCAAGCCCCUGAUUAAAAAAACAAAAAAGAAGAAAAGAUAAUAACUUUUGGAUUUCAGUUUCGCUUCUCCAUAGUAUCCGACCUAAGAACCAAACUAUUUAUAUCCCUGCAAAAACUGUAUGGCUGUGUAUUGCAGCACCCCCUGUGGAUAAUGCAUCCAAAAUUACAAAAGCAAUGAAUACCUAUAUAUAAACACUCACUCACUCUACAGAGCUAUGAAAGCUCUUCUCUAGUGUGUGUAUGUUUAUAGUAUGUAGUGGCAAUGGCCACAGCUUCUCUCCCGUGCUUCUACAACAACUCCACCAACACUUCCCAAACCAACAUCUCAUCCACACCGAAAACAUUAUCCAAACAAACCAACAAUUCCUUCGUCGCGCGAACCCUUCUCUCCUACAUCCAAUCCGGUCGCAUGGACGAAGCCGUGUCGCUUUUCCGCGGCACAAAGAAGAAGAAACAUGAUGCCUUUUUGUGGAACCUCAUGAUCAGAGGCUACGCCGAUGCCGAGCUCUACGAAGAAGCUCUCGAAUUUUACUACGCGAUGCACGUCGAGAACGUCCGACCGGAUAACUUCACCUUCCCCUUCGUCUUCAAAUCCUGCACCGUCUUGUCGGGGCGCUUUGACGGUUUAAAAGCCCAUGGGAGGGUACUCAAGAUCGGAUUGGAUUCAGAUCUUUUUAUUUGCAAUUCCCUCAUUGCCAUGUACUCGAGGUUUGGGCUUAUUAGUGAUGCAAAGAGGGUGUUCGAGGAAAUGCCGGUGAGAGACCGUGUAUCGUGGAACUCGAUGAUCGAUGGCUAUGUUUUGAAUGGAGAGGCGGCGGCGGCGUUAUCGUGCUUUAGGGAGUUGAAUGAAGCUCUAGGGAUUAAGCAUGAUAGGAUUGGGAUCAUGGGUGCUCUCGCGGCGUGUUCUAUGGAGUUGUUAUCUAAGCAAGGGAGGGAAAUCCAUGGGCAUGCGGUGAGGCACGAGCUCGAAGAUGAUAUCAAAGUCCAAACUUCUCUUCUUGAUAUGUACUGCAAAUGUGGUAACAUGAUUUAUUCCCGGAGAUUGUUCGACGGUAUGCCUCUGAGAAAUGUUGUCGCAUGGAAUUCUCUCGUCGGCGGGUACUCUCUGAACGAUCAACCCGACGAAGCAUUUGAUUGCAUGAGAGAGAUGUGGGAGGAGAAAACUGAUCCAGACACAGUCACGAUGGUGAAUUUGCUAAAUGCUUGUGCUCAAAUGGAGAGCUUGUCUCGUGGAGAAACCAUUCAUGGGUUUUCAAUAAGAAGAGGGUUCCUUCCUCACCUGGUUCUCGGGACUGCGUUAACAGAGAUGUAUGGAAAAUGCGGGAAAGUUAAAUCGGCGGAAAUACUAUUUAAUGAGAUGCCGGAAAAGAGUUUGGUAUCAUGGAACACCAUGAUUGCGGCUUAUGUACAGAAUGAGAGGUUUGGAGAAUCCUUGCAACUAUUCAUCGACUUACAGAACGAGCCUCUAAAACCAGACGUCUUUACGAUGUCAACCAUAAUACCUGCUUAUGGAGAGAUAGAAUCACUUCGGCAUGGGAAGCAAAUACAUAGUUAUGUUGUUCGUUCAGGUUAUGGGGACAAUACUCUGCUGCUGAAUUCAAUCAUACAUAUGUACGCACAAUGCGGUGAUCUUAGGAGUGCGAGGCAGGUGUUCGACAGAAUCGUGUGCAAUGAUACAAUAUCGUGGAAUACGGUUAUUAUGGGAUAUGGAAUUCACGGGCAUGGAAGGACCGCACUUGACUUGUUCGCUGCUAUGAAAUUGAGUGGGUUGCAGCCAAACGACAGUAGCUUCGUGUCGGUACUAACUGCUUGCAGUGUAUCUGGAUUGGUAGAGGAAGGGUGGAUGUACUUCAAUUCCAUGGAACAAGAAUACAGUAUAACACCCCAAAUCGAGCACUAUGGAUGCAUGGUCGAUCUCCUAGGCCGCACCAAAGAUCUUAAAGAGACGUUAGGGUUUAUAGAGAGCAUGCCGUUGGCCCCAACAGCACGAAUAUGGGGGUCUCUGUUAACAGCAAGUAGGAACAAUGAUAACAUAGAAAUGGCGGAAUACGCUGCUGAGCGCAUAUUUCAAUUGGAGCAUGAUAACACGGGCUGCUACGUCCUGCUAUCCAGUAUGUAUGCAGACGCCGGGAGGUGGGAGGAUGUAGAGAGGGUAAGAUCUUCGAUGAAGGAGAAAGGGUUGAAAAAGACGACCGCUAAAAGCCUAGUUGAGCUUCAGAAUAAGACACAUACUUUCGUCAACGAGGAUAGAUCGCACGUCCAGAGUAAUAAGAUACACGAAGUGUCCGAUAUUUUAUCAAGAUUGAUAGGGGAAACUGCAGGGAAUGGCAAGGAGGUGUUUGAUCCAAUGCGAGCUGGAGGAAAGAAGGCAACAUUGGCUAAUAAGCACAGUUUAAGGCUUGCAGUUGUGUUUGGUUUGAUAUCCACUGAAAUUGGAACUCCCAUACUAGUCAAGAAGAAUGUGAGGAUAUGCAAUCAUUGCCACCACGCGCUUAAGUUGAUAUCCGAAUCCUCAGGAAGGGAGAUUAUUGUUGGGGAUACAAGAGUUUAUCAUCACUUCUCCGAGGGUUCGUGUUGUUGUGGCGAUUACUGGUGAUUGUAACAGCGACAGCGAUAAAAAGUAUGAAGAUGAUGCUAGAAGCAUAUCAGUAAUGAGUCUGAAUAUACAAGAGAUGCUACUGAUGAAAAGAUAUAUGAUAUUCAGGCAAACUGCAGAAAGAAGAAACAGAGUGGCUUCUGCAAUAGAGAAAGCAAGUUGUGAGCACCUCUGUACAUCCUGAUAUUGUUAAACAUAGAGCAAGUAUGAUAAACAAUACUUGCAUCAUGCAGCACUCUAUUGCUUUUGCGGCCACAACCAAGGAAUUGAUUUUGUUUGGGAUUGUCAUGGUAGAAGUGAAAAAGGGAAAAAAGUAUCCCAGGAAUGCAAGGUCGAAUUCUAAAAUGGGAAGCUGUUUAAGUUGUACAUGGUCUGCUAGAGUGAGUUUAUAUUCAAACUUGGUUUAAAUCAGAACUUUCUCUGAUAUCUACUUCUACAAUAAAUGAAAGUAUGCUGAAGUUGCAAA